UCUGCUUUAAAUUCUUAAAGGCUCCGGGCUCAUUGACUGCAGAGGGAUGUUGCGGCGUCCCAAACCGACUGACUCUGAAGCAGACCUCCUCAGAGAGCAGCAGCGUUUCCUGACCUCUGGUGCUCCAUCUGCGGCCAGCGUGGUCCGGCGUCCUGACAAGAGGAGAGGAGAGGCUGGAGAAGGGGAGGGACACAGCGGGGAGGAUGGAGGAAGUCAGAGGGAUGUGGUCACUAUAGAAGAUCUUCCAGAUGAGCUGCCCUCCCUGACGCCGGCCCCUCCUAAGAAGUCCCGCUUUAAAGCCAGCCGGGUCACCUUUGAAGAUGAGGACGCUGGAGAAACGCUGGACAGGCAUGACUCUCACAUCAGUGCUGUCCUCUCCAGGAUCGUGGAGAGAGACACCAGCUCUGCGCCAAUAUCUGUACCAGUGUUUACAGGCCUGGCGUUCCCCAAAGUACUGCACCGCUCAGAGACAGGCAAUAUGGCGCCACCGGCAUCAACAGAAGGGAAGAGGAGCAUCUUUGCUCGUCAGAUAGCAGCCCAGCGGCUCAAGGAGGCCAAGUCAUCAUUGCACUGUUCGCCUGAAGCUGCUCAGACUCCUGGAUGCGGAGAGCAGAGGCUCCCUCCAGAAACCAGCAUGGACACAGAUCAGUGUGACGCUCCAGGAGAUCGAUUGCGUACGGUCUCAACACCCAGGUUGGUGUCAGGUCAGGGGCUGAGGGUCUCGGAUAGUUCAGGAGAGACCAUGAGGAUCCACAAGGAGAACCAGGCCAAGCUUCAAGCCAUGUCUCCAUCUGAGAUCCUGGAGGAGCAGAAGAAACUCUUAUCUCAGCUUGAUCCUAGACUGGUGGAGUUUGUUAGAGCUCGCAAAGCCCAGAAUGUUCCGACGUCUCCCUCCCCAUCCAAACAUCCCGAGGACAAAAGCAGCCAACACCAUCCUUCAGAGUCAGAGUCCUCCAACGCUGCUGUGUUGUUGCAGAAACCUCAAGAAGUGGAGAUGGAAGCAGAGAAGGAGGAGGAGGAGGAUCAGCCACCACCACCGCCCGCUGUGACGGUUGAGGAUCUUCCAGUGAGACCUCAGAAGCAGUGGGUCCACAUGGAUAAGCUGGAGCCUGAGAAGCUGGAGUGGAUGAAGGACUUGCCUGCUCCCAGGAGGAAAGGAACCAAGAAAGCCAUGCAGGCUCGUUUUGACUUUGCCGGGACAUUAAUUCCUCCCACUGAGGAUCUGCCUACCCACUUGGGUCUGCACCACCACGGAGAAGAGCCUGAGCGGGCCGGUUAUUCCCUGCAGGAACUCUUCCUGCUGUCUCGGAGUCAACUCAUCCAGCAGAGGAGUUUGGCCCUCGGCACUCUAGCCAACAUCCUCUCAAAGGCUCGAGCUGGAGAGUACGCGUCCGUUCUGAAGGGCAGCAUCAUGUCCACCCUGCUGGACGCCGGCCUGCUCUUUCUGCUCCGCUUUGCGCUGGACGACGGCGUGGAGGGAGUGAUGUCUGCAGCUGUGCAUGCGCUUAACUCGCUCCUAGUGUGCAGAGAUGAUGAAGAGUGUUUGGACUGCACCUUCUCCUGGUUUGGUGGUUUAGCCGUCUUCCCUCUGCUGCCCUCCGCUCAAGAGGAAGAAGAUGAGGAUGACGAAGGGCUUGAUGAAAGCAUGAAGGAGACGGCCAAGGAGAAGGAGGAGAGGAAGAGCGACCAUGACGUCGCCAGGCAGGAUGUUGUCAAGGGUUUGUUAAAGAUGAAGCUGCUCCCCAGGCUGCGCUACAUCCUCGAGGUGGUCCGACCGUCGCCUCGGGUGGUUCAGGAUAUCAUGGAGGUCCUGACUCGCAUCGCUAGGCACUCCUCCUCCUCUGCCACGCAGGUGUUGGAUUGUCCUCGUCUGAUGGAGACGGUGAUGUCCGAGUUUCUUCCCACUUCCUGGACUGCGUCAUCUUCGGUCCAGCCUCAGUCCGUUUAUGGACUCCCACUGGCCAGCGCCGUGAAGCUGCUCAGAGUCCUGGCUACUUCUGGCAGACAUGCCUGCGCUAGACUGUUGAACUCUCUCGGAGUGAGGGAGCGUUUGUCUUGUCUCCUGAGCGCCGAGCCCACUGAGCUGCUGCUGGAGCCCAGCGAGGCCCACAGGAUCACCACCGAGGCCUACAGGCUGUGGGCUGUAGCAGCCGGCUAUGGACAGGCCUGCAAAUUAUACAUAGACCUUUAUCCAGCCUUAGUGAAGACACUGCAGUCUGCCCACAGAGUUUUGCCCCCCUCAGAUCCUCUGGUGCCUUUGCAGCUCCAGCGACUCUUGGCUCUGCUUUCUCUGCUCACACAAGUUACUCACACUGCCGGUUGUCAUCAGGAACUACAGGCUGGCAUGGUCAGCUCUCAGGGAGAGGACUGCCCCCCUCCUCCUCCAGUGUCAUGGGGUCAUGUCACAGGAUUGCAGGCGUCCUUGUUGGGGCAUUUGAAGGGUUUAAUCAAGAGCCUUGAUAAUCCCGUUCAGAAAGACGGCAGCCUCACUCUGAUCCCAGCUUACCUGGUCUACCUAGAAGCUUAUUACCAUCAGCUCUCCAAGCAGAACUCUUUUAAGCCGGUGGAAACUCUCCAAGAACUGGAGCUGCUGACGUCUGAGGUCCUUCUCCCUCUAAUGCAUCACAAUAUUAUACAAGGCCUGAUAAGGAAUCUGAAGUCUUCUUCAUUAGUGUGUAAUGUCCAGUCUAGUGAUCCGGGCCCAGAGACCAUUCCUAACCUCCCCGGACUCGCCUGCCCAGGAUGGAAAGACCGCGAUGGGCUGGUUUCUUCCAGCUCCCCAUUCCCUCUUCUGACGGGGCUGGGGCUCCUCUUAGAAACCAUCACAGGGAUCCACAAAGGCCUCUGCAGAAAGUUCACUGGAUUCUUGCUGUCAGAGCCUGUGAUUGAUUACCUGCGUAGCUGCAGUCAGGCUCAGCCCAGCCUCUCUCACACCAGAGCUUGGCUUCUUCGUCACGAGCACCACCUCCUCUACCUGCUGCUGCGGCUGGCACACAGACUGGUUCCAGUUGAGCCACAAGUAGCAAUACAUGCCUCACUUUACCACCAGGUGGCGCUGGUUCUACUGCCAUGGCUACUGCCAGGCAGUGAAUACCUGGCACACGAACUGCUGUCCACUAUUAUCUUCAGCAAGGACUUCAUCUCAGAGGGACAAAGCGGAGGACCUGAAGCUGUAGAGCUGGGGGAGCUGAAGCUCCACGAGGAAACGCAGCACCGCACCUCUCCCUCCCUCCAGACUGUCGGCGCUCUUCUGAGAGAAGCCUGUGUCCAGCUGCCAGCCAUACGAGGCUGCUUCCUCACUUACCUGGCCCAUCUCGAGUCGUCUGUACUGCUGUCCCGAAAUGCUCUCUUGGGCCGCAGUUCCUGGAUCAAAUCCCAUCUCCUCCCAGAGCUCACCGGCCCCACCCUGCCGUCUGAUUGGCCUUUCCUCCCGCUCGUCAGCCUGUACGAGCGAAUGGGGGUAUCGGACGGCGGAGGUCUGUCUGUGGAGGAGCUUCCUCAGGGAGCUUUGCAGUCAGUGACCCACUGUCUGCAGUGGCUGCUGCUGUUGGAGGUCUGGAGGGAGGAGGCUUUAAAGGUGAUCCUUCCUGUCGCCAAGAUUGCUCGUCUGUCCUGUGUGUUCCUCUGCUCCAGUGACUUGUUCCUGGAGAGACCUGUUCAGAAACUGACCUGGGGUUUAUUCAGACUGCUCACCAGAGGAUCCAGACUGGACUCUUUGGACCUGAACGUUCCUCCUCCAGGUCUAGCCUCUUUCCAGGACUUGUUCUCGGCGCUCUUAGCCCAGUAUGAAGCCGUGUCUUUCGGAGACCGGUUGUUUGGCUGCUGGGUCCUCCUGCCCCUGCAGAGGAGGUACAGUGCUGCCAUGAGGCUGGCUGUGUUUGGCGAACAUGUAGGAAUUCUCAGGUCGCUGGGAGUCACUCGGGAGCAGCUGUCCAUCCCUAUUGAGCGGUUCACCUCCCCACCUGAAGACUCCCUCCCUCUCCUCCGCCUCUACUUCCGCUCUUUGGUGACGGGGUCCCUGAAGUCCUCGUGGUGUCCUAUCUUAUACGUGGUUGCCUUGUCUCACGUUAACUCCUUCAUCUUCUCUCAGGAUGCUGCAGCACAGGAGGUUGAAACAGCUCGGCGCAGUAUGUUGAGGAAAAUCUACUACCUGACUGAUGAGGUGUUGAGGAACCACCUGCUGCUCUUCCGCCUGCCCCAACAGACCUCAGAGCUGGGCUUCGAUACGUAUGAACAGUUGCCUCCCAUUAGAGCGAAGCGCUUGGAGAGCGUCUUGGGAGUGCAGGACAGCAGCGAUGACAAAGGAGAUUGAGGGGAGCAGAGUGUGGGAUCAAGAAAUGGUAGUCCGAAGACAGAAGAUACAGAGGCGUGCCCGUACGAUACUGUUAGCAACUGGAAUCAGAUGGGGAUGAACAGGUAGACAAUGAUGAGAUAGAGGUGGAAGUGAGAAAACACUCUAAAGGUGUCACAUCGAGAUGGAUUCUGGACAAUGUGGUCACAAAAAAAUGACCUGAAAUAAUUUUUUAGCACUUAUUUUAGCCUGCCUCUAGUAUUGUACAGAUUCUGUUUAGUUAUGCCCAAGGUUAAAAGCAGAUGUUAAAAAAUUCAGUGAAGAUGCAGCAUGUCCCGAAAAACCUUGUCUUAUUCUUUUUCUGUGACUCCAGCAUUUUCCUCCAUUUGUUUGUGGUUUCCUAUCCUUGAAGAUCAGCCUGUACAGUUGGCAUCUAAGGGGAAAGUCACAUUUCCUACUUUACAAGUGCCUGAAAUGGUAUUUUUUGUGUAAAUAAAACCAGAAUCCCAUGAU